AUGCCGAUUGUUCUAUUACCAUCGUUUGCUGGAUAUCCAUUGGGUGUAUUGAGACAUUAUGGAGUUUCUACGAUAGAUCAAACUCUUAUGGAUAGAAACUUUAUCUCCGCAUUAGUGAUUCAGAUGGCUAUCCCAUUGUGUACUCUUAUCGUCCCAGCUUUUGUCGCGUUAUUCUCAAUUAUCGCUAAUUACUAUAAUCAAGGAAUUGUUAAUCGACUACCAUGUCUCCCUUCUUACAUCUACAAUGCUCCAAUAUUAGUACUGGUCGAGGACAUUACCUACCAUCUCACUGUAAUUAUAGUAUGGCUAGUUGUAUGUUUCAACGGACUUAUCGCCCUUUUAAUUUACAUCUACUGGAACACUGCAAAACUAUUGAAGAACCAUCGGAUGUCCCCUCAAACCUAUCAAAUUCAUAGAAUCUUUAUGUCCGCAUUAGUAAUUCAACUGGUUAUCCCAUUCUGUACUCUUAUCGGCCCCGCUAUCGCCGUAUUAACUUCAAUUAUCACUAAUCACUAUAAUCAAGGAAUUAUUAAUUUCGUUAUACUGUCUAUAACUUUGCAUGGAUCAGUGACUACUGUAGCUAUGCUUAUUGUUCAUAAACCGUAUCGAUUGGCAAUUAAGGAAAUGUUUCAAAAAUUUUCAUUGCAAUCGACGGAAGUGGCUCGGAGGGAAAUGUAUGCUAAUCACGUUGCGCGGAUGAUGUCUACUACACAAUAA